GCUACCCCCUCUCUUCCGUGCGGAAGCGGGAAAUGGUAGAGCCCGACGUUGCAGCUUCCGCCGGCGCAGGCUGCUGAGCUCGCGGCUGCCCUUGGUCUUGGGAUCGUUGUUGGUACCGCAGUAAUCAUGGUGAAUUUAAUUCAGAUGGUGCGUGAGCACUGGGUUCAUACACUUGUCCCUAUGGGAUUUGUCUUCGGAUAUUAUCUGGACAGACGGAAUGAUGAGAGACUAACCGCCUUCCGGAACAAGAGUAUGUUAUUUAAAAGGGAAUUGAAACCCAAUGAAGAAGUUACCUGGAAGUAAAAGCUGUGGCUGAAUUACAAAAUGUAAAUGAUAUUUUAAAUAUUAUGAGAAAAAUAAAAACAUGUUUAUUAUUUGAAGAA